AUGGCACAAUCGGUCACAAUACAGCCUAUGCCUGAAUUUCGUCCCGAUGCCAAAGUAGGAGCAAGCCUCGCUACUAGACGGAAUGACUGGCAAGCAGAUUUUGAAAUGUUCAUUAUAGCCAGUGGGAUCACUGACGCUAAACGUAAACGAGCGCUGUUAUUAUAUCAAGCAGGACCUCGUGUGAGAGAAAUAUUUAAACCAUUAGCGGACACGGGUAACGAUGAUAAUUAUGAAGUCGCCAAAACUAAACUAAAGGAAUACUUCGAUCUACAAAAAGACAGAAGAUAUGAUGUGUAUCGUUUUCGCCAAGCUAUGCAAAAAACUGAUGAGACCCUUGAUGAAUAUCACACGCGAUUACGGACAAUGGCUGCAACUUGCGAAUUCAACGACGUAGUGUUGGAAAUCGAACAACAAAUUAUCAUUUGCGGCACAUCCUCAAAGAUUCGUAAACACGCGUUGAGAGACCCGAAAUUCGACUUGAAAGGACGAAGAGAUGAGCAAAGUUCCUAUCAGAUUAAGGACAUUGAGUCAAAAGAGCCAACCGAGGUAUAUACCAACAAACUCGAAGGGAAAUCAGAGAAAACCGAAGCGAAAACAUGUCACUGUUGCGGGCGUGAAUAUCCGCACGUAGCCGUAGGACAAUGCCCUGCGAAGAGUUAG